UCGAGAAGCCGAAGCCGGAGCUGCAGUGGCCGUCUGUCCUUUCUCUUUCCACGGGCCUCCCCUUCUCAGCCCCUCUCUUCGACCGUCGAGGCGGCGACGGCCAUCGCUCUCAUCGACGGCACUUCUGAGGCAAUUACGGCUAUUAAGGAGCAAGAGAAGCAAAUUAACGAUUUUAGACAACAUUAGUGGGAUUAUAAGACCUUCAAGAUUGACGUUGUUAUUGGGUCCACCGAGCUCCGGCAAGACGACGCUACUAUUGGCUCUCGCCGGACGCCUUGGAACUGGUCUUCAGAUGCCAGGUAGCACAACAUACAAUGGCCAUGGCUUAAACGAGUUUGUGCCGCAGAGGACGUUGGCUUAUGUCAGUCAACAGGACUGGUUUGCGGCGGAGAUGACUGUAAGGGAGACUCUUGACUUUGCAGGACGGUGUCAAGGUGUUGGAUUCAAAUAUGAUAUGCUAGUAGAACUAGCAAGAAGAGAAAAGAUUGCGGGGAUAAAAUCCGAUGGUGAUCUUGAUAUAUUCAUGAAGUCAUUAGCUCUUGGAGAGAAAGAGACAAGCCUUAUGGUAGAGUACAUCAUGAAGAUUUUAGGGUUGGACAUAUGCGCUGAUACGUUGGUAGGAGAUGAAAUGCUUAAAGGUAUAUCAGGGGGCCAAAAGAAGCGGCUUACUGCAGGUGCAUACUUGGUGUUUCUAGAAAGGUAUAGACUAGGUAUAAGCUCUGCGUGUUGGGUAGGAAGGAUAGUUUCGAGUUAAGACAGUAUUGCAACACAGACUUAGAGAUAGGUGAGAGCCCCAAAGACUUCCUCUUGUGAGUACCCAUGGAGAAAGGCAUUGGAUACAUCUAAUGAGGGAUAGGCCAAUCAUUCUGCACAUUGAUAGAUAUAGGGUUUAGGGUUUAAAGAAAGAAUAGAUUAUUUCUAAUUCCUGAAGAGCGUGUAGGAGUUUGAUUGUGGGAACCCAAAAUGACCACACACUAUGACCAUAAUGAUUUGAUUUCUAGAUUGUCAGGAAAAUAAUCUCUUUCUCUACAAAAGGUAAUUAUACUUGGAAUGUGAUUUGGCUGAGGAAAUCUCAUGUAAGCUUUCUCUUUCUCUAAAAGAAUAACCGAAACAAACAGGAUAUUCUUUUGAGUUUUCUGAUGCAAGCUUUCUCUGUCUUAGACACAAUGGGAUGUUUCUAACUUUCUAUACUGACUAAUUAUUUAGUUAAUUAGUUCCUUUUCGUUUUCUGUUUUCAGCAGUUGUUGCAAUUCGUUUUCAUGACUCUUGCUAUGUCAAAAUGACUAUAUAAGUGGACCAUAUGUAAGUGCUAACUUCGCCAUCCGUUUUCCUGUUUGUUCUGUUUUUGUCCCCUUUUAAAUGCAUUCUGGUAGCAAAUGUUUGAAGUUACUUAUAUUUAUUUCUCUGCAGCCUAUCUACUUUUUUGGUAUGGAUCAUCAUAUUAUAGAAACUCAAAGUCUGUUUAACUAAGCAAACAGAUGAUAAGUUCUCCAAGAACAGAGAAAUUCUAUUGAAUCAAACCAUGCAGCUUAAAAGGAAAACAAGACUGAUUUUCCAAAAGCUAAAGGCGGUUGGUAGAUGCCUAGACUUGAAGUGGCAUGGCAUUUAAUAAAUUCAAAUUGUAAGUUAUUGAUCAUUGGUGUUGCACUUGUGGUGAUUCUGUUGAUCAUUCUCAUCACCAAACACCCAAAGAAUUACCUAUACCCAACACGCAUAACAUCUGGAGCAGCAGCUUUGGUGUUUUCAGCCUUCUACAUCAUGUACCUGUUUCUCCCUCUGCAAUGGAUUGGCAUGAAUGCUAUGCUUGUCUACGUUAUGGCAGCUGAAGGCAUCUUUGCAAGGUUCAUCAACGGGUGGCAGUACCUCUCUUACGACUUCAGCCAGAUAAGAACGACAAGGAUUUGGAUCGGGCGAGUGAGAGGCAGGAUCUUGAAGGAAAAGAGCUAAAGCAAGAAACUACUUUGCAUGAACUGGAGCUGGUUGCCGUCCAUGCUCUUCAUGAACUUGUUUCUUUAGUUCACAGUCAUGUCAAUGCUGCAGGGCAAUAUGAUUUUGAGUAAGGCUAGAUUUUGCUGACUAUUUUGUAGUAGAUGUAGUGAUAUCAGGAUGAAUUGUGAACAAAUUAUACUGCAUGUAGUUAUUGCAGUAGCGGUAUCUUCUAGACUAGCCUUAAAGUAGGUUAGGGUUUAUUGUGCAAAAUUUUUGAAGCUACCUCAAGCUCUAAUUUUGUAUAGAAAUUAAUGCAAUUCCCCAAUAUUUGAAUUUCAUGUUA